GACGUUGUCCCUGGGCCUUCCUCUGAGUUGGGUGAAUUUUUGGUGUAUUUGAGCAGUGGCGACAGAUUAGGCUCAAAGAGCCCUCUAGCGCCAAAGUAAAAAUAAAGACCCGGAGGAGGAGGUACGGCCUGCUUUUGUUGAAGUUUGUAUUCAGCCCGGUCUUUGUGUCUGACUCCGAGUGAGAUGAUGCCCACGAAAGCGUCAGACUGCGACUAUGCCUUUCAACUCUGUAGCCGGAGCACGAGAAGUGUUUGUUUAAUGAAUGACCUGUCCAUUUAGGACCUAUUUAGACCCUGAGGAUAACCCCGUGAAUUCUGACGGUUCACCGGGUCUGGCCCUUGGGGUUGAUCUCAUUAUGCUGCGGCGAAAACCAACCCGCCUGGAGCUGAAGCUUGAUGACAUCGAGGAGUUUGAGAGCAUUCGAAAGGACCUGGAGAACCGUAAGAAACAAAAGGAAGAAGUGGAUGUCGUAGGAAUCAGUGAUGGAGAAGGUGCCAUUGGGCUCAGCAGUGACCCCAAGAACCGGGAACAAAUGAUUAAUGAUCGAAUUGGUUAUAAACCCCAACCCAAGCCCAACAAUCGUUCAUCUCAAUUUGGAAGUUUUGAAUUUUAGAGGCAGAUUAUCUUGCAUGCCAGAGCCCUGGAAUGGAGUAAAAUGAUGGCAGAAGUACAAAUAAGGUUUAGAGAAUUGAGUGCUUGAAGUCAAGCAGAAUGUUUUACUCCUGCAGAGAAAUACUUCUGCAUGAGAUAACUAAUGCUUACCUUUCACUCUAAGUGGAAAUCCAAACUCUAGUUUAUCUCUGGAAAAUUUGACUCUAUAAAACUUGUCUGACUUUUGUUUUUAAAAAUAAAUCUAUUUUUGGAAAAGUGUGCAACACCCUUAAUGAAGUAUUAAGAAUAGUACUGUUAACCUCAAGACUUUGAAAGGUAAUUGCUCCAAGAGGUGACAUCAUUCUUCCCACCUUUACUGAGUGUCUAAACACAGGACACUUGCAGUCACGGACUCAUUCAACUUGUCUCUUCAGCAAGUAUUUAUUGAGUUUCUGUUAUGUGCCAGGACCAUUUUAGGCAUUUAGUAACAUCAGUGAACAAAAUCCAAGAUCUCUGCCCUUGUGGAGAUUAGAUUCUAGUGAUUUUGUAUAAAUGUGAUCAAGCUGUGGGUUUCCAGAAUCUGUUUACAGAAUGGCUUUGUAGCUAGUGUGGGCAUAAUUUGGAGGGGGACAGGCAGUGGAGGGAAAUAUGAUAAUAGGAAUGCUAACAAUAUUCCCAUCAUUCCAAUUUGCCAUCCUUUUCCAACUUGCCUAAGAAUUUUUGCCACCAGGAGCUAAUCUGAGAGGGUAAUUUAGAAUCGGAGGGGAGGAGGGGUGCCUGGCUGGCUCAGGAGCAUGUGACUCCAUCUCGGGGUUGUGAGUUCAAGCCCCACAUUGGGUGUAGAGAUUACUAAAAAAAAAACAAAAA